UGCCGAUGUCUAUCACUGUGGUUUAUGGACAACCAAUCUCUGAAGCCUCACCCUCCAAUUGACUCAUCAUCAUGCUGAUCACAAUUAAUAUUCCGGUCCGGCUGAUCAUUUUUGUUUCAUAAUAGAUUCCGUAUUCAGGCGUCCCGCUAGUGAGUAUCGAAGGGUCCGCGGAUGCCAAGCUUAUGCUCUAGCUAAAGGAUCGUUGUGCAUACCUGUCAGAGAAAUCCUGCAGAGGUUUGUAUGUGUCUGACCGCAUCCAGUGGAUGUAUAUAAGCGAGGUGCGUUCUCCUGGCAGUGAAAGGUGGAUAUCAUUCUACUUAUUCAAGAACGACGUGAAACAGGCAGAGCGUGGUUAUCUUCACUUAGAUAUGGCCGACCUUGAACAGAAAUCCCCAGCCCUCCCGAUGCAAUCGCAAGCACCGAAAAGCUCUGGAUACCCCGUACUGGAUAUCCUCCACAUCCUCGAAGAAAUACGAGGACAUAAAAACACCCUUUCUGCGAGCGAUCGACGCAAAGUCCAGGAAGCCCGUACCAUCGUUGAAGAACAAGGACUCAUCGGCAACAAGAGAGAUUUCCAUGUUGCAGGGCUCAUGACGUUUAUCCGGGCUACACAGCCGAGCAUUGAAACUGGGACAAGUUUAUGGGGAAAGUACAAAUCCAGUGAAUUCUGGGCUCGAGCAGAGACUAGGGCUGAAUCAUGGCGAUAAAUGGGAUUAACAACCAUUCUAAGUCUACACUGCCAUCUGCUGUUUUAUUCCGUGCAUGGUCAAGCUGGCAUGAUGUG